GGGUUUCCUUACGAUCCGUUUGCCAUGGAAAAGCACAAAGAAGACGAGGAGGAAGAAGGAUAUUAUGAACCGUAUCCCGUUCUCCACGUCCUCCCGCUUCCGCCAGUUCCCGAAGUCCUUCUCCAUCCGGAGGAAGGUCCCGUGGUGGUACAAGACCCUCGACCCGGGCAGCGACUUCGUGAACCGAUGGAACCACAUCUUCCUCAUCUCGUGCCUUAUCGCCCUCUUCAUCGACCCGCUCUACUUCUUCAUCCCCAUAGUUGCGGGCCCUGCCUGCAUCAAGAUCGACUUUGGCUUUGGCAUCUUCAUCACGCUCCUUCGUACAGUGGCUGACCUCUUCUUCCUCUUCCACAUGGUCCUCAAGUUCAGGACUGCCUUUGUGGCCCGCGACUCCCGGGUAUUUGGGCGGGGCGAGCUUGUGAUGGACCCGAGGGAGAUCGCCAUGCGAUACUUGAAGACCAACUUCAUCGUCGACCUUGCUGCUAGUCUCCCUCUUCCCCAGUUCGUGAUAUGGUUCGUAAUUCCAGCAAUAAAAAACCCGACUGCGAACCACGCAAACCACAUGGUUUCUCUAAUUGUUCUUAUUCAGUAUUUCCCUCGGUUUUUCCUGAUUUUCCCUUUGCAUAGUCGGAUCGUGAAAACGACUGGUGCGAUAGCAAAGACCCCCUGGACUGGGGCAGCUUACAAUCUCAUCCUAUGCACGCUCGCCAGUCACGUUAUCGGGGCAACUUGGUACCUCUGGGCACUCGAGAGGCAGCACGCCUGCUGGAGGAGGGAAUGCCGAAAGGAAAUGCAGUUGAGGCACUCCCCUUGUAAACUGAUCUACCUUGACUGUAGCUCAGUCAACUGGCCAGAUCGUCAGCAGUGGCUCAACGUCACAAGGGCGACCCUUAAGUGCGAUGCUCUCACUGAUACGAACCACCAGCAGUUCGGGAUUUUCGCUCCUGCCUUCACAAAUGAAGUUGCCUCUGCACGGUUCAUAGAGAAGUACUUCUACUGUCUUUGGUGGGGCCUCAAGAACCUGAGUUCAUAUGGUCAGAAUCUGAUGACAAGCACUAUUAGUGGUGAGAAUAUCUUCUCAAUAACGAUCUGCGUCGCAGGUUUGAUCUUCUUCUCGCAUUUGAUCGGAAACGUACAGACUUAUCUCCAAUCCUCGACGGUAAGACUCGAAGAAUGGAGGGUUAAGCGGAGAGACACAGAGGAGUGGAUGAGACACCGGCAACUGCCUCCAGAAUUGCAAGAGCGUGUUCGAAGAUUCGUUCAGUACAAGUGGCUCGCCACAAGAGGAGUCGACGAGGAGACCAUUCUGCAGUCCUUGCCUCUUGAUUUGCGGCGACAAAUCAGAAGGCAUCUCUGUCUCGCCCUAGUCCGUCGAGUGCCAUUUUUUGCGCAAAUGGACAAUCAGCUCCUGGAUGCAAUAUGUGAGCGCCUCGUUUCGUCACUGCACACCAAGGACACGUACAUGAUUAGGGAGGGGGACCCGGUCAGCGAGAUGCUCUUCAUUAUUCGAGGCCAGGUCGAGAGCAGCACAACUGACGGCGGGAGAUCGGGAUUUUUCAACUCCAUCACCCUGGGACCCGGUGACUUCUGCGGCGAGGAGCUCCUCACCUGGGCCCUCAUCCCAACUUCAAGCCUCAACCUGCCAUCCUCGACUCGGACCGUGAAGACCCUGACGGAGCUCGAGGCCUUCGCCCUCAGGGCAGAGGAUCUCAAGUUCGUGGCGGGCCAGUUCAAGCGGCUCCACAGCAAGCAGCUCCAGCAUGCUUUCCGGUACUACUCGCAUCAAUGGAGGACUUGGGGGGCCUGCUUCAUCCAGGCCGCCUGGAGGCGGUUAAAGAAGCGUAAGAUGGCCAUGGAAUUGGCCAAGCAGGAGAGCUACUACUACUACUACACGAACGUCGUGGAACAGGCAGGGGAAUACUCAGGCUUGGAUUACGAGGAUGUCGGCACGGGCCAUGACAAUGAUGCAGAAAACUCAAGGAAUGCACAGCAUCUCGGGGCAACACUACUAGCCUCAAAGUUUGCUGCAAACACGAAGAAAGGGGUCACCGAGAGAGUCAGGGUGAUCGAUCCCGAUGAUCUAAAGAUGCCGAAACUAUUCAAACCUAAGGAGCCCGAUUUCUCUGAUUGACCUGAUUGAGGUAGCAGAAUCCUGAGUAGACGAACACACUGCGUAGUUUGUGUAAUUUAUUGUGAACUAUUCGCAAAUUAACGUGAAGAGUCAAAUUUUAAGUUU